AGAACAGCGCGAUCCCAUUCUUUGUGUACGCGCCGUCGUAUUGCGUGUGCGUGACGUGACGGUGCAACACAACCGGUGGACAGUACGUCGUCGGCGCGGGGGAGAAACGUGCGUCUUGAUCAGUGACAGACAAGAUGGCGGAGUGUCUAGUGCGGUGGUAGUAGAGCGGUGCAUAUCGCACGGGUCGUGUCGUCGCGUCAACGUGUUGGACAACGCGGGGGGUUUCGGUUGUUGGCCAGAGCUUGACAACAGCUGGACGCGACAUGGAGCGAGCGGUCUCGGCAACGACCAGACGCCGUGGUCACCAGCAUCAUCCGCGGCACACCACGCGACGACGUCUCGACGCCUCCAGCAGAGGACCCGCGCAGUGUGGCCCUGCUGAUACCGCCAGGAACACCACGUUUACCGGCGACGAGACGUCACCCGUCAACGUGACCGUCGACGAUCGACUUGGCGCGACGGAUCCGUCUUUGCCGCAAGUGACACUCGGCACGAGAUGGUCCACGAGGAUCAACGAGAUCGAGACGAAAGAUUCGAAAACCCAGAUACUCGAAGAGGAGAAGAAAAAGGAUGAUGAAGGAGAUCAUAGAGACGAUGACGUCCGACAAAGGCUCGCGCAGUGUAGCCCGGACGUUCCCGUGCUCGGCGAGAGUAAGGACGCCAAGCACGACGAGAUCCAGGAUCGGCCGGGUAAAAAGAGAAGAACCCACCGAUUUAGUCCUCGUAGGAAGAACUCUGCCGAAGAUCGCGACGAACGCGAUUCGCGAAACAAGAGUAACUCGCCCGAGCCCGAGCACGCGGUCGCGAGGGCACGCGGCGACGGGAACUCCGAUGACGAGUCUACCAACGUCGAGGAGGAUCCUGAACUGGCAGAGCUAGCUAAGCUACGUUGUCCCAGCGAACGUACCGAGGUUCAGGCUGAGAGAGAGGCCCGCAGGCGGAAGAGAUGUGCCGAUUAUCCCGGGCUCGCCUUCGGCUGUUCCAUAUUCUCCAGCGACACGAUGAUGAAAUUCAGUCUGAUAAAGAACGAACUCCAGAAUAUCAUGGGCAAUCAACUGAAGCGGGCCGAAUCUGAAGUCGCCGCUUUGAAUCGUCGUAUUCAAUUGUUGGAGGAGGACCUUGAGAGAUCCGAGGAGCGUCUUGCCACUGCCACUGCCAAACUGGCGGAGGCAUCGCAAGCUGCCGAUGAGAGUGAACGCGCCCGCAAGAUUCUCGAGAAUCGCAGCUUGGCGGAUGAAGAGCGUAUGGAUGCCCUUGAGAAUCAGCUGAAGGAAGCCAGGUUCCUCGCCGAAGAAGCCGACAAGAAAUACGAUGAGGUCGCCCGUAAAUUGGCCAUGGUUGAGGCCGAUCUAGAACGCGCCGAGGAGCGUGCUGAGGCCGGAGAGUCAAAGAUUGUCGAACUUGAAGAAGAAUUGCGUGUCGUUGGCAAUAAUUUGAAGUCUCUCGAAGUCUCCGAGGAAAAGGCCAAUCAGCGCGAGGAGGAAUACAAGAACCAAAUUAAGACCCUUACUACCCGUCUAAAGGAGGCUGAGGCACGCGCUGAGUUCGCAGAGAGAUCCGUGCAGAAACUCCAGAAGGAAGUUGACAGGCUCGAAGACGUACUGGUAAAUGAGCGCUGUAAAUACAAAGCAAUCGCCGACGAGAUGGAUCAGACGUUCGCCGAUCUUGCUGGAUAUUAGCAGGCAGGCUAAAAUGCAUACAACCGGGGAUGUUACAUGUGGGAAAAAGAAAAAAAAACGAGAGAAAAAAGAAACGAUUCGUUUAUGCUACGACAAAACGACACUGCCAGCACGCAGACCCUUCGCCACACACAUCGUCUCGUCCGAUUACAUUAGCAUUCUACACACUCGCUAGAGGAAAGUCGAGGACGAGGAGGAUGAGAUCGCUGACAUUUAGCGUUAACCGCGCAUGAUUUAACCGUUAAGUUCGAAUUUUUCGCUGAAGAUACCGUCACGCGUUCUACAUUCUUCCAACUCGAUCGAAAUCUACGUUUGAGCUCGUCCAGCAUCUUUUGUAAAGUUUUACAUAGAAAUCGGGAAAGGAACCUUUUUGAACGGCGGUAAGAUCGUAUAAAAAAAAAUUGUGCUUCUGAAGAUUUUUUGGAAGCAAAAAUAUAUACGUACUCUUCCAAUACCUGGCAUGAUUCCCGUUCAAUGAUGACGACGAUUUAUUGCAACAUUGAUUCUGUUACCUGUGCUUGUAUUAUCCCUGCACAGCAAGGUGUCUUAUCCCUUACGUCCAAUAAAUUUCAUUAUUUCCAUCGAGAUCUGUAUUAUUCCCUAUAAUUCGCAUAGCUUCUGUAACGACAUUGGUUACUAAGAAACUUCUUGCUUAAAAAUUAAUUAUUUUCAUUUUGCUAGCUCAAUUGCACAAUUUAUGCAGGAUACUAAAAGUCGCAUUGUUUCAUUAACCAAAAAAAAGUACGGGCCAAAAACGGUAUUCGAAAGUUAAAUUGUCCUCAUUCGAAAUCAAGUCCAUAUGGCCUUAAAUAUAACAUCCUAAUUCAUGCGACAAAUGUGUUCAAAACACUUUUAUAUAAGCAGGAAAUAAAAAUGAACUGUACAAAUUCUUGAUAUAAUUACAAUAAUUUGUAUCUACCAACGGGCUUAAAAAAAUUAAUAAUGUUGGAGUGAUUAACAUCAACAAAAAAACGACAAAUUUCCUGCUUAUAACAUUUCUAUUUCGUUUAAGAAGCAGCGCUAACAUUCAUCAUUAACCAUGAAUCUUCUUUAUAUUUGCACAUUCCACCAUACGAUUAGACAGUGCGGUCUAAUUAAUCAGGCUAACGCUUAAGUU